AUGGAUCCGUGUGGCGAGUGCAUCCCCACUCAGCAACACGCGCUGGUGGCGCUGAAGAGGGCUGUGAACCACGUGCACACCCGCCUGCAUCAGGGCAGUGUCUCCAUGCUGACCGAGUCUGGCAGCAGUGAGGAGGAGCGCACGGCGUACCGCAUUGCACAGGUCGCGCGGGCUGUCAUGCAGGCGGCGGGGAUGAUUGAUCAGGAGGACAUGGACGGCACCCUCAACGACAGCGACGCCCACGACACGCCGAGCAAGGCGACAGCGACGCGGCGCAGCUGCAGGCAGACGGACUGGCGUGACGACGACGACUUCAUCGCCUCCCCCAGCAUUUUCCUUCACCUGGAUGCAGCACAGCCGGUGCGCAGCAAUCGUGUCAUGGAGUACAUUGUGGCAAAGGGGCGAGCGGCACACACCAGCGAGGAACUCACCUGGCUCUACCGCCACUCCCAGCUCACGUCCCUGCUGGACCCCGAGGACCUGCAGCACCUUGUCCCGCUCUCCCUCCACCGCGAGUACACUCAUGGCGAGCUUAUUCUCGACUGCGGGGCGCCGGUGCGGCACCUGUAUGUGGUGGUGUGGGGCAAUGUGGAAGUCUUUCGGGUUGACUCCAUCAACAACGAGCGGAAGGCAAUGGAGGAAGCGUUUCGCGUGGCGUCUCACCAAAGCGUGUCGAUGAAGCUGAGCCGCACCAGUGACCGUCGCGACAGUCUCUCCCCGUACGGCCUUCGACUCACUGACGUGCAGGGCACCAACACCAACAGCGAGGUGUCAUCGGAUGCCGUCUACACCCACGUCGCGGACCUAUACCCGGGCCAAGUGUUUGGCAUCGAGAACUGCGUCUUCAACGCUGCCUCGCACUACGUCUUCCGCGCCGGCAGCGCGAUGUCCAAGACAGCCAUCUCGCUACUGCCGUACGAGGAGCUGCAGUUGGUGCUUGCCCGCAAUCCCCGCUUUGCUCAGGGCGUUGGUGUCCGCAUCACCGACUCCAUGGACGUCUUCGGCUCCAUCCGUGAGUUCUGCCGCUAUGUCUUCUCGCCCACCAGCGCGCAAAACGAGUACCUGCCGCUGUGGUCCAUCCUGGAGAGCUACACCCGCGUCCACAACGUCAUCCACACAAAACUGUUUAGUCACCAAGUCGACACCGGCACGUGGGGCUACGCGCUGAACCGCCUGCCAGAGAAUUUGACCUCCACUUUUUGCUUCGACCUCGUGCACGCCCUGCCGCCCUUCAUUGCCAGGCGCAUGCAGGUCGAGGCGCGCGUGGCCGACACGCGCAAGGGGGCAGACAGCCUGGCAAUGAAGGGCGGCAGCAUGCGCUCCUCCAUCACGUACAUCCGCACAAAGGAGCGCCGUCGCUGCACGUGGCAUCUCGGGAUGGAGGGGAAGACGCUCGUGCUGCUGCGCGACGGCUUCACCGAUCUGCUCGAUUUCUUAACAAUGCUGUGCGUGCACAUUAUUGAGAGCAACAAGCUGCGUGGCCGCGUGCAGGGCAUGGUGCACCCACCGGCGAUCGACAUACUUGACGAGUACCUGCGGCAGCGCGAGCAGGAGGAACUGGCGGGCAAGUACCUGACGACCGGUGGCGUCACGCGCGACGCCGAGAUGCAGCGGGUGCACGCAAUCCUGAAGCGCAUGCCGCUUACGGAGGAGGAGCAGGCUGGCCUGCUGCGCAACUGGGGGCACAACACACUCCUGCGUAUUUACGAGGUUAUGAUGCACCGCGAGGAGUACAACGUGCGCGUUGACCCGAGUCUCUCGAUAAAGUUUCAAAUGAACCCCUUCCACGAGUGGGCCCUGAACCUGCGCAGCUGCGUGCUCGAGAAGCUCGGCCUUGACCGCUUCUCCGCGCUGCCAGACAACCUUUACAUUGACGUGAUCAGCAGCAACACGCACUGCAUCAAGAAUCUGCUCUGCGGCUUCAACCGCAAGUACCGCAAGGAUAUCCUUGACUACGCGCGCCGCACCGAGAGCAAGCGACUCGGGCGACCGGAGGAGUGGCACAACGUCGAUGACAUGCUCUAUGUUGCGCUCACAGGCUUCCUGCAGAAUGAGCGGCCAGACCUGAAGGAGGAGCACAGCCGCAGCCUCGAGGAGGACGGCAUCACGGUGCUGCAGGACACGGCCAUGACAGGGCUGCAGGUGGAGGUCAUCCCGGUGCAUCAGCUCAACUUCAACGCGAUUGAUGAAACCAUACGUGAGGCGUUGCACAAGUACUACGAGGAGGUGACCAAGAAUGACAGCGAGAAACGCGAAGGCAAGACGGGCGGCUCGACCGUGCCGACGUGGGCGCAGGUAUGCAAGCCGAUUUACCGCCGCUCCCAGGACGGCUUGAAGACCCACGUGCUGGGGUGCAUUAUGACGGACAGCAGGGGCGACACAUCACCCAACGACUCAGACGUAGAACCCGGGUCUACCAACCUGGCGACGGCAAGCACGACAAAGAAGCCCACCUUUACCGAGUUCAGCGAGCCGGCGAACAUGAAUAGCAACCGCGGCAGUCCCACGGUCACCCCGGCAGUCCACCACGUCAGGGAUGGUCGGAUGCAAUGGCACUUCCUCAUCAACAUGGACUUUGCGUUUGGAGCACAGGCCGAAGGUAUCUGCCGCGUCAUCUUCAGCGCCUUUGGCAAGCGCAUCCGCAGCGUGAGCGUCGUGGGCAAGGCCGGCGGCCUCACCGGCAAGCGCGGUGACAUCCAGCUUGCUAGUCACGUCCUCCUCUCCAAGUCCUCGCUCAUUCUCGAGGACAACCAGGACGAGCUACGCAACUGCCGCAACCAAGAUCUCACGGCGCAGCGUCUACAGGAACUGGCCGGCCCGCGUGUCAAGGUGCACCACGGCAAGGUGCUGACCGUGACGGGUACGAUGCUGCAGAACGUGCAACUCUUGCGGUACUACCAGCAGGUGUGGCGCUGCGUCGGGACGGAGAUGGAGGGGUCGUACUUUGCCCGUGUCAUUGAGGACUUUUACCGGCAGGGAAUAGCCCACCCCGGGCUGACGUCGCGCUUUGCCUACUACACGAGUGAUCUCCCCCUCGCGCAGAACGACGCUGAGAUAGAGGCGCGGCAGACCCACCGGCUGCCGGCUAGCGCGGCGACGCUGUCAGCGCCCAUGAGCCCGCAGGAGGGCGUGCCGCCGCUCUACGCAAUUGCGCGCGGCAUCUUAGAGAAAGUGCUGCUGUAG